GAAAGGAUUCAGUUGACAUUCACCAUUCAGAAGUCAGAACCCAUGUCGCCCCGCGCAUCCAUUAUUUGGAGCUCCUGAGAAGUGAUGACAGUGAAAAAAGAGGUGUCAAACGUCGACCAAUAAACUGACAGCCGGGGAAGUUGACCUUUGCUAUCUGCGGUGGGCGAACGGCCACCACACCGUGCUUGAAUGGUCUGACGGUCGCGUGUCGCCACAUGCAGUUCACUUUGUCGACGUCCUCCGAUCGACUGUGACAUUCGGUGGCUACCCUGACCGGAGCACAGCUUACUGACUAGGUAUGGCGGCGCACAUUGGUUGGGCCUGGCUGCUGCUGCCACUGCUUCUAUUGGUCACCAGCACCAGAGUGGAUGCCGUAGUGGCGCCCUCCCCCAGCAGUCUGGGCCACCGGCUGGGUUGUGGCGGCCUCCACGCCGACCGAUGCCUCGCCGAUAAAUUCUCCGACAUGCUGCGGCUGAGCCGAUUAUAUCUGGUUACAGUGGCCAAGCUGAACCACGGCGGCGUCGGCACGGAGCAGAACGUGUCAGGUAUCCACUUCAAAUCCAACCCCAAAGGCUCACUCAGCGUCACCGGCAGCGGCAUCAGUGUGGCCGGUCUGGGCUCGGCGCACAUCGGACAUGUCCGGCUGGACGGCAACGAUGUGAAGAUGACAGUCGUUUUCCCCAAGUUAAAUGUCAAGGGAGAUUUGAAAGUAAAAUUCGAUACCUUUAGUCUCAGUUUUGGCAUCGACCUGAGAAUCGUUAACCUGAAGCUGGCCGUGGUUGCCUCGUUCCGAAACUCAAAGAUCCUGGCGGUGGAGGACGUCAAGGUGGCCAUGAAGGCAGAGAAGCUGCAGGUCGCAGUGGUCGACAAUGAGCUCCUGAAUAAACUGAUGAGCGACUGGGUGAAUGAUAACAAGAUCCUCAACACCAAAACUCUGCCGUGGCUUUCAAACAUUCUGGCACGCAGGCUUAAGAAGGUUCUGAAUAAAUAUGUUGCCAAGAUCAAGUAAGAAAAGCGCACUUAUAUACAUGUAAUGAUCCCGGUCAGGGCACCUAACUAUUCAAGAUGCUCUAACAUUUAUUACACUUUCACGUAAUGUCAUCAAAGUUAAAAGCAGGUCUACGGUAUUGCGCCGUCUACAAAUACCAAGAAGGUCAAUAAUAAAUAAACACAGGCUUCAG